AUGCGGUACCCCCCCAGCACGGCCCGCGCCGCCGCCGCCCCGCGGCCUGCCCGGCCCCGUGUGGGCCCUGGGGAGCGAGGGGAGCUGCGGAGAGGCACCAGGAGCUGCCCAGCGCUUUUGCAGCCGGGGCUGGGGUGAUGAUGGUCGCCAUCCGAGCAUUUGGAACGUGCGAGGAGCUGCCAGAGGAAUUGUUAAUAUUUCCGUUGCAGCUUCAACAGAUAGAUGCUUCUGUCCUGGAUUGUGCCUUUAGAAGUGUGACACUUGUCAGUGCUGGACACAGCCUGCUUCAGAACAGGCAUUAUCGGCCUUCAGUCAAGAUGGUGGCGUUUAACUUGAAGGUGAGGAUGUUUCAUGGUCAUAUGAGAGUGAACUUCUGGUCUUUGAAGGAGGCUUUGGAGAAUUUCCCAUUGCUGAUGUACAUCUUGGCAGCUAAAACAUUGAUUCUUUGCUUAGCAUUUGCUGGAGUUAAAAUGUACCAGAGUAAAAAACUUGAAGAAAAAUUGAAGAGGGAACGUGAAGCGAAAUUGAAAAGAGAAGCAGAGAAGAAGGGUGAUUAAAGGAAUCUCUCAGAUUCUGUGACACUUGGCAGCUUGCUUGGAUUCCUUUCCUGGGAGAACGAAGUCUUCCUGUAGAUGAAGGAUGUGUAGAAGGAAUAAAGCCCUCUGGAGUAACAUUCACUUAAAUUGUAUCUCAACUUUUUGUAUGUACAGCAAAAUAUCUAAGCUUCUAUUU